GAGAGGAGAGGAGAGGAGAGGAGAGGGUGUCCCGUCUGUACGGAGCGCAGACAGACAGCAGGGAACAGCUGCAGCAUUGGGCUCGCGUAGGAUUUCACUGCAUUGCGAUUUCAAAUAUCAAUCAUUUUAUCCCCAAAAACCCAAGUAGAGCAGCUCGACUAACUCAAUAUCAUUUAAAACAUGGUUGAUCGCGAGCAGCUGGUGCAGAAAGCCAGGCUGGCUGAACAGGCUGAGAGAUAUGAUGAUAUGGCAGCUGCUAUGAAAUCGGUAACAGAGCUGAACGAGGCCCUGUCCAACGAGGAGAGGAACCUCUUGUCCGUGGCGUACAAGAACGUGGUCGGAGCCCGUCGUUCCUCCUGGAGGGUGAUCUCCAGCAUCGAGCAGAAGACCUCGGCCGACGGCAACGAGAAGAAGAUUGAGAUGGUUCGGGCCUACCGGGAGAAGAUUGAGAAGGAGCUGGAGGCCGUUUGCCAGGACGUGCUCAACCUCCUGGACAACUUCCUGAUAAAGAACUGCAGCGAGACGCAGCACGAGAGCAAGGUGUUCUACCUGAAGAUGAAGGGCGACUACUACCGGUACCUGGCUGAGGUGGCCACGGGGGAGAAGAGGGCCACUGUGGUGGAGUCGUCGGAGAAGGCCUACAACGAGGCCCACGAGAUCAGCAAGGAGCACAUGCAGCCCACCCACCCCAUCCGCCUGGGCUUAGCUCUCAACUACUCUGUGUUUUACUACGAGAUCCAGAACGCCCCGGAGCAGGCCUGUCAUCUGGCCAAGACCGCCUUCGACGACGCCAUCGCCGAGCUCGACACCCUCAACGAGGACUCCUACAAAGACUCCACUCUCAUCAUGCAGCUGCUCCGAGACAACUUGACACUGUGGACAAGUGACCAGCAGGAUGACGAGGGAGGGGAGGGCAACAACUAAAGAGAAACCACACUUCGAAAAAAAAUAUAUAUGAAGGGCCGGUGGAUUUUGGCAGCCGCUUUUGCCGAAGAUACUACCGCAGCAGCAGUUCUUUAUUUUUCCAUGUGUUAAAAGAAAAGAAUCAAAAGAGAGGUGAGAGGGGAGGUUAAAUCUUAGUUUAAAUAUAUAUAGAAAUAUAUAUAUACAGUUGAAAGGGGCCUCCGUCGUCUUGAUUUUCUCUUUGACAUUUGCCGAAACCACUGAUAUGUCAGUCAAUCAGCCUGAAGUGGUUGUUGUUGGAUUGAAAUGGCAGCCUCACACUGGCAUAGGAACUGAUCUUGUUCUGUCAAGAUAAGCUGCUUAGUUAGGUUUUUGCGUGAUAGAGAUGCAUUUGAGUCACUUGAGAGAGAGAAAAUGCCUGAAUGGGAAUGCCUCACAAAAGUAGUUUGCAUUGGUUCCAGUAGUAAGUCUAUGAGAACGGGCCCUGGAAGACAUUGAUUUUAAAACUCACACAAAAAGAAAAGUUGAAAUCCAUUAAUUCCCCCAAAAUUGGAAAGAAUAAAUUAGACGGGACGGUAGGAAUUGAUUCCCCUCCUUACAGAUUAGUCUGGCACGUCACUGGAACCAUAGAUUCUUCUGGUGGAGGUGAAGGUUACUAAAGGCAGAGACUUAACGAUAUAAAACAACAAAAAAAUACAAAAAAAAUACAAAUAAAAGCAGCUUCAGAGUUUGUGGUUUACUCCUGUGUUUGUUUUAUUAAAUGCACUUGCCUACUAUACUGUUUCUUCAGUGUAAGAUGAUGACAACAAUAAUAUCGAUUAUUCAAUAUUGUGCAUGCUGAUGAUGUAUUUAUAUACAGUAGCUUGACUUUAUUAACUUAUACUGUGGGUGUUAAGUAUUCAUAUGAUUGAGAAAAACAGGCUUUGUCUGAUGUUGAUUUCUAAUUUAUUUUGUUUUGUUAUGGUUCUUUGAUUUGCUAUACCAAAAUGGUGAUCGUAAAAAUUGACCUGUAACGGGCGUUGCUAUAGUGACAUGCAAUAUGUGUAUUUAAUUUGUUUCUGAAAGAAAAAAAAAAAAAGAGAAAAACUCACCAGUGAUCACUUAAUCUUACCAGCUGGUGUUUGUCACAUUGAAGUAUGAUUAUGAUAUAUUUUGAACAGUAUUUAAGUACUUUUUUCUGUCAUGCUCCAGUUUUAAUAAUGGUGACGUUUUCGGGCUCAAUGUUUCUGUUAUGAAUUCACAAACAUGGACCAUAUUUUAUUUCUGACAGUAUACGUUUGUUUUUAUACCUUUUAGCUGUUCCUGAGUGACAAAAUAUCUUGAAUGUGAGUCAUUAUGUAGCAGUUGCACAAGAACCGAAAUAAUAGCUAUGAUAAUAAAAAAGAAUAUGACUAAAUUAUACAUGCACCAUGUCCGUGGUGGUCUAGUGUAUUGUUGUAUCGUCACCCAUCAGAAAAGUUUUGUUUUUAUGGAAAAAACAUUUCAUAGAAGAAACUAGUUUUGUGCCCUGAGUUCAGUACAUGCUUUCUGUUUGUGCCUGUACCAUUCAUAUUUAAUACGCCUCAUUUGCAAGUUAACCUUUACAGAAAAAAGGAUUUAUCUGCCAGUAUUUUAAGUUCCUGCAAGCAUGUGUGCAAGGUGUAAUAUUUUCCUCACUUUGACAUGUGUCUGUUCUCUGUACAGCACAUAGAUAUGAAUAUUCAACACCAAUGCACAAAUAGAUUCACAGGGAAAGCAUGGGCAAUUCAAUAGAAUUGAUUAUUGAUUAGCAAAUGUGAUUAUCAUUAACAGAACAAACUUUAGACACUAAGGAAGCUGCUUAAGAGCACAGAAAGCUGCUGAACGGAUUUAUAUUCAUAAUGCUGCUACUUCUAUAGAUUAUUACAUUAAUAUAUUCAUACAGAUGGCAUUUUUUGGGACUUUAUUUUUCCUAAUAUACGGCAGUUUUUCUGGACUUUUUUAAAAAUCUCAGAUGUGAUGGCUUAAGAGAGAAACCAGAAGCCUUAAGGUCAGUCACACAACCUCGUUCACUUAUGCCAAUUAUGUCACCGUCAUGAGUCGGCCUCCGUGAGCUCACACACCGUAUGUUACAGCUGCUUUCAUUUAUUUUUAACGUAGUAUAAAGCUGAUGGUCGUGAAGGCUCGCCAGACAAAUAGCAUGAAAUCCUGAUGCCAAUGGGCACAGCUGCUCACACAGCUUACCAACAUUAGAGUGGAGUCCAAUCCUUCAUUUUCAUUUUGAAGUUUUGUGUUUAAAAAAACGUGGAAACUGAAUUUUUCUCACACUUUUUUGUUUGAAUGUUUUUUAAAAAGCCACGUCAGGAGACUUUCACUCAUUGCCAAGAAUACAUGCAUUGUGUUCUUCUUUUAAUUCUUUUAUCUUUCUGUGAUUUGUGUUUUUAUUUUUAAGUUUUCAUUAUUUCGGAUGUUGAUCCUUGUUUCUGCUGUGACAUGAAAACAUACAAGAAAUAAGGUGAAAAGAAUCAGAAAUUAGAUUAAAGAAGAGCUGACCUGCUGGAAAUUAGCAGACAGGGAUGCAAACUGUAUGCUCUGAGGAAUCUUUGGUUGCCAUCUGUUGCCCAUUAAAGCUAUUUGUUUAUCGGUA